AUGCGAACUUCGGUCCGUGCCGCUCUCCUCGUCGUCGCAGCUGCCCUUGUGGCUCUGCAGGUGGCUCAGCCCGUUUCGGGUCACCUGGUCGACCGCGAGGUGUUCGAGAACAUCACCCCGACCUUGUAUGAGUACAACAGGCGUGCCGAGGGUACCGCUGUGCCCACCAGCACCAUCAACACUGCCAGCCCCAGCCAGACCGCCGGUACCAAGUGCCAGAGCAGCGGUGACUGUGCCACUGGAGCGUGUGACGCGGGCAAGUGUGUCCCCCAGAAGGGAACGGGCCAGAACAACUCGUUCUGUUCGUCAGACGCCCAGUGCAAGAGCUCGUCGUACUGCUACCGCGGCGCAUGCCAGGACAUCAAGCAGGACGGUGCCAACUGCUACAAGGACUCGGGCUGUGUCAACGGCAACUGCAUCAACAAGAAGUGCGUGGCCAACGCGUCGCAGCCCAAGGGAUCGGGUUGCACCAAGUCAACCCAGUGCGUCGACGGUGCCUUCUGCUCCAACGGCAAGUGCGAGACGGUCAAGACUCCGGGCUCGUACUGCUACAAGGACCAGGGUUGCACGUCGGGCUUCUGCGUCAACAACAAGUGCUCCUCGCGCGGUCUCGCCAAGCUCAACCAGGCCUGUGAGAAGAACGCGGGAUGUGUUUCCAACUUCUGCUACCGCAGCGCUUGCCGUGCUCAGCGUGCUCGCAACCAGCCUUGCUCGCUCAACGACGCCUGCAUCAGCGGCAAGUGCCGCAAGAACAAGACUUGCGCUUAA